GGAAUCCAGUGAGUCCCAAAGAGACUUCGGAGAGGCAUCUUUACAGCCCCAGACAAACACAGCAAGGGCAAAUGGCUUCUCUGACACUGCCAAUGCUUUGCCUCCUCUCCAUCCUCUCAGGGAUUGUCCGUCCAACUGGUGCUUAUGGGCUCCCACAGCAGCAGUCCACUGUGUUCAAAGUCUGUGCGAAAGGGUAUUUCCUAAGUGAACUGAACGAUUGCCUGCCAUGUAACUGUAAAGGACAUGCAGAUACAUGUGAAGAUAUCACAGGCAUUUGCAUUAAUUGCAGAGACCAUUCCACUGGAAAUUUCUGUGAGAGAUGUGUGGAUGGUUUUAUGCCUGAAAUUUACCCAAGUGGUCGCCAUGAGUGUAGACCCUGUGCUUGCCCUCUCUCCCUUCUCUCUAACAACUUUGCUGAGCACUGUGACAAGCGGGGCAUUGUUUUGCGGUGCAUGUGCCAAGAUGGUUAUGCCGGACAUUACUGUGAGAGGUGUGCCCCUGGUUACUAUGGGAAUCCUAUGCAGAUUGGCAGCUUGUGUAAGAAGUGUGAUUGCAAUGGAAACUCGGACCCUAAUCUGAUCUUCAAUGAAUGCCAUAACGUGACUGGCCAAUGUCUCCACUGCUGGGGAAGCACAGCUGGUGCCAACUGCGAGAGGUGUGCCCCUGGGUUUUAUGGAGACGCAGUCAUCGCCAAGAACUGCAGAGAGUGUGCAUGCAACAAAUGUGGCACUGCAUCUUGUGAUGACAGAACUGGAAUUUGUCAUUGCAAGCCAGGGGUGAAAGGUCGCCUCUGUGACCAGUGUGAAGAGGGCUACUUUGGAUUUGGAGGUUGCAUGGGCUGUCGCAGGUGCGAGUGCGCCCCUGCCUCUCUGCGUGCCACCUGCCAUCCUCUUACACAUGCGUGCCAGUGCCGCCCAGGAGCCGGGGGGCGGUACUGCGAGCGAUGUCUGCCUGGCUACUGGGACUAUAGCCCUGCUGGAUGCCGGAAGUGUGACUGUCCUGAAGGCCAUUGUGACAUGCACACAGGAGAGUGCCUGCCUGAAUCCUCACAGAUCAAUGAAUGCACCAUCAAAUGCGAUAAGUGUAUCUGGAAUCUGAUUGAUGAUAUCCGUCAGUCUAAUAAAACCUUGGACCAACUGAAGGUCAGUGUACUGAACAUCUCCAGUGGAGCAGCUGCCAAUGACCGUCUCAAGUAUUACAACUAUACAGCCCACCGGAUACAGACCCAGUUUGUGGACUGGAAAAAUAAGUCAGCUCAAAUGUGGACUAGGACGGAAUAUAUAGAAGUGGACCUGCCGGAUGUUGAAUCUGAAAUGAUUCUGUUGGAAAAGAAGGAGUAUGAAGUGAAGUCCCUGGGAGACUUAGUGGAUGACGAUACCCUGCACAGUUCUACGCUAGCAGAGGGAAUUGCUGCUAAUCUCUCCUCACUCAACAUCCUUAUAGAAGAGAUGAUCAGUGACUGGGAAGUGUACAGUGUGCAUCAGGAGCUGCAGCCUGAAGUUGUCAGGCAGAAGACUGCUGAAGCUGAGAGAAUGGUCAACUGGAUGAGGACACUAGAUCUGUCCCCAAAAGAGCCUGUUGCAACUGAUGAAUCCUCGGAGGCCCAUGAACUUCUCAGAAAAGUCCGUCAGUUGGAAAAGAAGUUGCUGGGAACAGAGGGCCGUCUCUCUCCCAUAAGGGAGGUCCUGUCACGUUUCACCUCCAAGCUCUCUGAGGCCCAGGACCUCCUGCAGAAGGCUGAGGACACCGUGCAGCAGACCCUGGCCAGGCACAGAUCCAACCAGUUUAAAUACCAGAGGAAUGAGGCACAGCAACAACGGCUGACAGAGAACUAUGAGGCUGUAAACGAGACCCUCAGAAUGGCUGGUGAUAUCAUCGGCGAUGCAGGGAUGGGUUUGGCUGAACUGGAAGCCAUGGUGUUGAAUGUGAGUGAGUACCACGCUGCGAUUGAUGGCGCCACAAAACUACUGAAGGAGAAGACAGAGAACCUCUCCCUCGCUGACAGGGAACUGGUCCAGAGAGCUACUGAGCAUGCUCAAGAUCUGCUGAGUCAGGCUGAUGAGUUGGAAUAUAAUCUGAAAGGCAGUGAUGCAAAUGGAUUUGUGAAGAAAGCUCUGGAUGCAUCUAAUGUGUAUGACAACAUUGUGAAGUACAUUGAUGAAGCCAACAUCACUGCACUGGCUACCCAUGAUGUAGCAAACAGAGCACAGGAUGCUGUUGAUGGGAUUAACACUCAGCUGAACUUCCUGACAACGGGGAGUGAUAAUGUCUUCAAAGAGUCUAUGUCCUUAUACUUAAAGCAGACAGAGGCUGAGUCAAAUGUCCUAGACAUUGCAAAAUACGUAGAGGAAACAAAGGAGAUGAUGGACUCCUCAAAGAACAAACUCUCUGAAAUCCUGAAUGAUAUCACCGCAAUACAUACAGAUCGAACCCCAAAGCGCCUUGAGUUCACCAGAGAGGUGGCGGAAGGAACUCUAAACCGUUCCGCGGAAGUUCUGCAGACCAUCACUCCCAUCAGUGAAAGAGUGGAAAGGUGGUCCAAUAAUAUGAAAAACAAUGAGUACUCUGCUGAAGCGUAUGACCGUGCUGUAGACUCUGCUGGCAUAGCAGUGGAGAAUUUGUCUGAAAUCGUGCCUGAACUGCUGAGUAAGCUUCGAGUAGUUGAGGAGAAAAAGCCUGUGAAUAAUGUCUCCGUCAACAUCAUGAGGAUCAGAGAGCUCAUUGCCCAGGCCAGGAGUGUGGCCAAGAAGGUACAAGUGUCUAUGAAGUUUAAUGGUCAGUCAGCAGUGGAAGUGCAACCCCACACCAACCUGGAGGAGCUAAAGGCAGUCAGCUCCAUCAGUCUGUACAUCAGAGUAGACCCUGACAAAGACCCGAUUGAGGAUCGCUUCAUUCUGUACCUGGGUGACAAACAUGGAAGAAAGGACUACAUGGGCCUUGCCAUCAAAAAUGACAACCUUGUCUUCAUCUAUAAUCUGGGGGGAGAAGAUGUUGAAAUUCCUCUCAGCUCUAAGCCAGUCAGCUCAUGGCCUCCCGUUUUCAACCUCGUCAAAGUCGAGAGGUUGGGCAGACACGGCAAAGUCUUUUUGACUGUACCCAGUCAGGACACCACGGCUGAGCAGAAGUUCAUCCAAAAGGGUGAAGCCGAGGGCACGGACUCACUGUUUGAUCUGGAUGCCAAAGAUUCUGUUUUUAUCGUGGGCGGUGUCCCACCAGAUGUCAAGCUCCCUCCUGCACUGAGCCUUGCACCUUUUGUUGGCUGUAUUGAGCUGGCCACUUUGAACAAUGAUGUCAUCAGUCUCUACAACUUUAAAGAAAUCUAUAAAAUGAAUGUUGUUACAUCAGUGCCGUGCUCCAGGUAUAAGCUGGCCUUCUCCCAGAGUCGAGUCGUUAGCUAUCUGUUUGAUGGCACUGGAUAUGCACUUGUGAAUGAUAUUGAAAGAAGAGGGAGAAUUGGCAUUGUCACCAGGUUUGACAUUGAAGUGCGGACAGUCGCCAAUAAUGGCAUCCUUUUCCUGAUGGUCAACGGGGAUAAUUUCUUUGUGCUGGAACUGAAAAAUGGUUUCUUGCGCCUCAUGUAUGACUUUGGGUUUACUGGUGGCCCAGUCGUAAUGGAGAGUAACUUACCAAAACUGAAAAUUAAUGAUGCAAGAUACCAUGAGGUGUCAAUCAUCUAUCAUCACUCAAAGAAGAUCAUUUUGCUGGUGGACAGAAGUCAUGUGAAGUCAAUGGAAAAUGAGAAAAAAACCUUACCUUUCUCAGAUAUUUACAUCGGAGGGGCUCCAUCCAGCAUUCUUCUCUCCAGGCCUGAGCUCUCCUCUUUAGUGGGUUUGAAGGGGUGCGUUAAGGGAUUCCAGUUCCAGAAGAAAGACUUUAACUUAUUAGAGGAGCCAGGAACUAUUGGUAUCAGCAGUGGGUGCCCAGAGGAGUCCUUUAUGUCCCGUAAAGCAUAUUUCACAGGAGAAGGUUACCUGGGCUCUGCUGCCAAGAUGUCUCCUUUCGACACAUUUGAGGGAGGCCUGAAUUUCAGAACACUGCAGUCUACAGGUCUCCUGUUCUAUCAUGCAGAUGAGUCUGAUGAGCUUUCUAUCUCACUGGAGAAUGGAGCUGUUGUAAUGAACACCAGAGGGACCAAAGUCAAGUCACAGAAGAAGAACUACAAUGAUGGACGACCUCAUUUCCUGGUCGCUACUGUGAAUAAUCGAAAAUAUGAACUUGUGGUAGACGACAAAGACAAGCAAGAAAAAAAUCGUCCAAGCUCUUCAUCCUCAUCAACCUCAAGCACCCUCAAGACAUUCUACUUGGGAGGUUCCCCUAUGAGUAAAAUACAGAACUUCUCUGGCUGCAUCAGCUAUGCUUACAUCAGCAGAUUAGACCGGGACAUUGAGCCAGAGGACUUCCAGCGCUACUCUGAGAACGUGCAGACCUCACUACAGGAGUGUCCUGUGGAGAGACCUCCGGAGGCUCUGCACACCAAACAGAGCAAAAAUUCCUCUAGAACCAAACAAGGCCACUCCCGCAAGGUUGGCAGAGAUAAAUCCAGUGUUCCGCAUGGCCUUUUGGCAUUGAAGAGUGACCCUCUGGAUGCCCCUGACACAGAGGUCGCACCAUGUUACCUAUCUCAACGACCCCGUGCCACUCGGCAUGCCUAUCACUAUGGUGGCACUGCCAACAGCCGGCACGAGUAUACAAAUAUUGCAGAGUCCAUCAGAGAAAGGUCACAUGUCUCCCUGUCUCUGAAGACUCACUCAUCUUUUGGACUCAUCUUCUACGUGUCGGAUGAAGCAGAGGACGAUUACAUGGCUCUUUUCCUAACUCACGGGAAACUGGUCUUCUCCUUCAGCAUUGGCCAGCAUAAGGUCAAGAUCAAGAGCAAUGAGAAAUACAACGACGGCCAGUGGCACAAUGUUAUUUUAAUCCGUAAUGGGCACGUGGGCAGAUUAAUUAUUGAUGGUCUGACCGUGCUGGAGGACAGAGCACCAGGCAGUAACACUUCGUGGCACGUCAGUGACCCCCUCUACAUAGGUGGCACAGCUCCCGGGAGAGCCCAGAAGAAUAUACAGAGGAAUUCAGCAUCCAGUUUCACUGGCUGUGUUAGGAGCCUACAGCUCAACGGUCGCUGGCUGUCCUCUGUGUCACGGACAUUUGGGGUUACUCCUUGUUUCGAGGGCCCCGUGGAGUCUGGGACUUAUUUCUCAGAAGAGGGUGGAUAUGUAGUCUUAGAUGAUUCAUUCAACUUGGGCCUGAAGUUUGAGCUGGUGGUGGAAGUACGCCCCCGUGUGGCGUCAGGGGUGCUACUGUAUGUUUUUACUACAGAGCAGGAGUACCUCAUCAUGUACAUUCAUCAGGGGCAGGUUGUAGUUGUGGUGAACAAUGGGAUCCGAAAGUUCUCCACCCAUGUGUCUCCAAGGCUGGGUGUCUGUGAUGGCAACUGGCACAGAAUCACAGUUAUCAGAGAUGCCAAUGUCAUCCAGCUGGACGUUGAUUCUGAAGUUAAUCAUGUCGUGGGCCCGAUCAACCCAUCAGCAUUGAGCUCCAAAACGCCUGUUUUUAUAGGUGGAGCUCCAGAAACUCUACUCCCACAAACCAUUGCCACCAGGAGAGGCUAUACGGGUUGCCUGAGGAACCUCACAAUCAAUGAAUCCUCUGUCAGCUUCAGCAAAGCUGCACUAGUCAGUGGAACCGUCAGUGUUGGCUCCUGUCCAGCUACCUAAAG